UCCCGAGGUGCUACCGGUGCCUCGGAUACGGACAUAGACGAACGGACUGCACAGGACCUGACAGAGGACAGUGCUGUUGGAGGUGCGGGGGGACCGGCCAUGUCGGGAGAGCCUGCCCCACCAAACAGCCGACGUGCUUCCUAUGUUCCGAGGCGCGUGCAACGGAGAGGGCGCACGUCCCGGGAACGGGAGCGUGCGCGGCCUACCGGGCAGCGCUGGAGGAGUGCCGGAAGCAGACACGACAAUGACAGGAAUCUUACAAGGAAACCUGCGUAGGUGCGAGGCAGCCCAGCUGCUUAUAUCACAGACAGCGAAGGAACGAAACGUAGACAUACUGAUACUGAGCGAGCAACUGUGGGACUUACGAGAACAGGACGGCUGGUUCUCGAAUACCCUCGGUACGUCGGCCAUAUGGGUCAAAGGCAAACCGGCUAGGAGAAUACAAGCGUCUGGCAGGGGGGAAGAUUACGCGUGGGUGAGGGUAGAUUCCGUCACCUACGUUAGCGUAUAUUUGACCCCAAACUGCACGAUGGCAGUGUACGAGGAAAAAGUCGGUAAGCUGGAAGACGCCCUCACAGGUCUCCCGGGUGACUUUGUCGUCGCGGGAGACAUGAACGCGAGAGCGGUCGAGUGGGGUAUGACAACGACGGACAAACGAGGAAGACUGCUUCUGGAAAUGGCCGCAAGGCUUGAUCUGGUAGUGGUCAACCAAGGGACGACAACGACCUAUAGACGACCGGGCUUCGGAUACUCAAUACCCGAUGUGACGAUGACGUCAGACAGGAUCUCGUCGCGGAUAAGAGGAUGGCGGGUGACCGAGGACUAUACAGCCAGCGAUCAUCAGCACAUCGUCUUUGAGAGAGCUGUUUGACAAACUGCUAAGGGAGGCACCGUUACCCGCCGAGUCUGUCCCGGCAGAGCUUGGUCUGCGGGAGCGUGCCGAAUGGAUAACGGACAAGACAACGGAACUGAUAACGGAACUGUGCGACGCCACGAUGACUCGACGCAAGGGCCGAACACACAAACGAGCAAUGUACUGGUGGACGGACGAGAUUGGCCUCCUCCGUGGGGAAUGCAUUGCCUGCCGCCGGAGGAUGAACCGCGCACGGAAAAAGAGCAGACCAGACGCGGACGAACUAUCGACAGCGUACAAGAUGGCACGUAAGAGACUGACCACUAAAAUAAAGGACAGUAAAAACC